UGGCCCCGCCUCCACUUGGUUGCAAAUGGCGCCGCGCAUGAACAGGCGCCGGAGGAGGAUGUAGUGGGUUUGCCUGUUUCUUGGGAACUGGGCAAACGAGCUUUGUGCUUUGCUCGGGUAUAGAGAGAAGUAGUGCCGAAGAUGCCUGCGUUCCGACAAGUGGGGGAGAAGCAGCUGCCGAAUGCCGUCCUUUUCAUGGUCUGGUCCCCGAAGAGGGACCUGAUCGCCCUCGCCAACCGAGCGGGCGAGCUCCUAUUACACCGCCUGGCGAACUUUCAGCGGGUGUGGAGUUUACCUCCCAAUGAAAACACCGGCAAGAAAAUCACGUCGCUCGCAUGGAGACCGGAUGGCAAAAUUUUGGCUUUCAGUGUUGGGGAUACUAAACAGGUGAUUCUUUGCGAUGUGGAAAAAGCAGAAAUUCUGCACUCUUUCCCUGUGGAGCAGCCAGUGUCGUGUAUGCACUGGAUGGAUGUUUCGGAGGACAACAGUGUUUUCUCAUCGUUUUAUAAUGAAGAUGAAUCAGAUCUUUUCCUGCCAAAGUUACCAGCUCUUCCAGAGAGCUACAGCACCACGUCAAAAAUAUUCAGCGAAGACAAAUCUGAUGAGAUUAUGAAUCUUCUGGGUGAAGUAAGGCUCAACAUACUGGUUCUUGGCGGCGAGUCUGGAUACACUGAGCUCUACGCCUACGGCAUGUACAAGAUCACGACUCUGACUGGGGUCCCAGGGACGUGCCGCAGUUUGUGUCUCUCCAGUGACCUGAAGUCCCUGUCACUCAUCACGGAAGUAAAGACCACCGACUGUGACCCUGAGAUCCAUUAUAUUCAGUUCGACACCAGCCUGCUGUCCAGCUGUCUGCCUGAGGUCACGCGAAUGGCUCGCAAGUUCACGCACAUCUCCACGCUGCUGCAGUACCAGAAGCUCUCGCUGACGUGCAUGGGCGAGGCCUGGGAAGAUAUCCUCAUGCAGAUGGACCUGAGGCUCACAAAGUUUGUCCAGGAGAAGAAUACUGACACGUCAGUUCAAGAUGAAUUCCUUGACCUUCUUUUAUGGGGGAAGUCGAGCCGUGAGCUCAAGGCACUACUUAUGAAUCAGUUGACAGUGAAGGGCCUGAAAAAACUGGGACAAUCUAUUGAGUCUUCUUACUCCAACAUCCAAAAACUGGUGAUAAGUCACCUCCAAAGUGGCUCCAAGGCUUUGCUUUACCAUUUGAGUGAGCUGAAGGGAAUGGCUUUGUGGAAACAGAAGUACGACCCUCUUGGCCUCGAUGCUUCGGGAAUAGAAGAUGCCAUCACAGCUGUGGGCUCCUUCACGCUCAAGGCCAACGAGCUCUUACAAGUCAUAGACAAAAGCAUGAAAAAUUUCAAGGCAUUCUUUCGAUGGCUGUAUGGAGCCAUGCUGAGAAUGUCCGAAGAUCACGUCCUUCCCGAGCUCAGCAAGAUGACGCAGAAAGAUAUAGCCUUUGUUGCAGAUUUCCUCUCCGAGAACUUUAGUGAGCAACCAGAACUGUACGAUAGGAAGGGGAAAUAUUUUAAUGUGGAAAGAGUUGGCCAGUACUUGAAGGAUGAAGAUGAAGACUUGGUGUCUCCUCCUAACACUGAAGGAAAUCAGUGGACCAGCUUCGUGCAGAACAGCACUCAUCUUAAAGAGAGUCCACUGCUGUUCCCCUAUUACCCUGAGAAAUCUCUGCACUUCGUCCGGAGGGAGAUGGAAGGGGUCAUCGAGCUGUGCCUGCAGAAGCCAGCGGAAAUAAUUGGGAAAUCGGUGACUCUGGCUACCAGCAUCCCCCUUUACACAGUACCAGCAAGCGCGGAGGUGGUGCCCCGGCUGUUCAACCUGCCGUCCCUGUGGAACGACAAGAAAUCCAGCCUGCACUACGUAGUGUUCACCAUGCCCGAAGUGUCCCCCUGCAAGCUGUACGUCAUGAGAAGGGCGACCGACCCGUCCAGGUCUAUUCCCAACGGCUUGUUGGCCAUCGAUCUUGGAAAUUUUCUGAACAGCAGUAUUGACGAGAGCGCAGAAGCCAGCCGGUACAGCUGUCUUGACGCCCGCAUGUACGAUGACGAAACGCUGACCGUGGUGCUGAAAGAGGCUGUGGAGGAGGAGGAAGAGAGCAGAGGGAGGAUUCUGGCACAGCUGCCCCUAUCCCCAGUCUACACUGGAGAAGAUGAGUUUGCGUGGGAUCCCCUCCUGAGACUGGACCAGCAGAGUGGGGGGAUCCCGGCCCAUAACCUGGUGCUGGAGAACCAGAGGAGGACGCUGGAGAACAUGAAGGCGCAGUACGUGGCUGUAAAUGGGAUUCGCAAAGUCGCAUGUGUGCUCAGCCGGAGCCUCCAGCACAUCCGCGUGUUUGAGAUGGACGUGGAGGACGAGGAGGAGGAGGACAGGCUGGAGUCCCAGGACGCCGGCGCCGAUCCCGACCGGCUGGAGGAAUCGCUGGGCGGCCAGGAGCAGGGUGGCCAGGCUGCCGGGGAAGGCCAGGACGCGUCGGAGGAGCAGCCUUCCACUUCUGAAACAGUGACUCCCCGGCUGGAGAAGGACAGUGGGAUGUGAUGUGGUGGGUGGGGGGGCCACCCUGGUCCUGGUCCUGGAGAGCCCCGUCAGUCACCCUUAAGUCGCCAGAUGGUAAAGACUUGGAUGUGAUUAGUAAAUCGAUCAAUUGUAUCAAAUAGCUGAUGGCCAGUUGUGUUCCUCGAGAGCUACAGCGUCCUGGAAGGAAAGCAUGUCACCCUGGUCUGUGACACGUGAUGGGUGCGGGCUCUCCAGAGCCAAGGCGUGUUUGCACCCUGGAGAUCAGGCGUGAAGCUGCAGCCUCUGAUCGCACUAAUAAAGUCCUUCCCUCCCUCC